AUGACACAACAACAACAAGAAGAAAAGUAUAUACAAAAGAAACGAAGCCAAACACAAAAUAUCAGAAAUUCAACACAAUUUACCCUCAUUCCUGGUACAAAAGUUCGUGUAGUUCUUGACGACAAACCGUUGACAAAGAAACGUUUAAGGUUAAGUCGAAAUUAUUAUAUCGUAGACUCUACGCAAGGUAAUGGAUAUCUUAUAAAAGCUGCCGACGACUCUAUUGCGUUUUAUCCUCGUCAUAAAUUAGUCGAAAGUAGUAAUGGCAAACUUGCUGAAACCAUUGACGAAGCAAAGCGAGGAGUGGUUAUUGAAAUACUUGGCUACAACAUAAACGAUGACACUUAUAAAGUAAGAUAUGAAGGAGGUGUUGAAGAUGUUAUACCAUCUAAGAACUUGAGAGAGUCAAAGCCAACACAUCUGGGACCAUUAGAGCGGGAGUACUGGAAAGACAAAAAUAUGCCAGAAAGAAUAAGAAAAUUCUUCUAA